AAUUAAUAUUUUGUCUGAUUACUAAGCUAUAGUAACACCACACAACAAAUAAAGCUUAUCAUGGGCUAUAAAGGGAGUGCACAGCACACAAAAUGAAUCAGUUCAUAUCAUGCAACAGCAAGCAAAGAGGUUUAGCCGCGGCUAUUUUCUGCAAUGCAGCCACCUUGGCCAAGCUGCACUGUCCCAAGGGUGGCUGAAUUAACGAGAGUCUACUGUAGACCUUACAUGUGGUUCAACGAAAACCACCUCUCUAUAACGGCCAAAAGAUUGCCUCCCCAAUGGUGUCUGUUUUAUGAGGUUCCACUGUACUUUCGUUUUGCGUGCUAGUCACUGGUGUAAGUGACUUGUUAGUCUGAGCCCACACUACUUUUUGUGUUUGUCGUUGAAUAUGCAGUGACUCACAAUCAAUCAUUUCGAUUGAUGGUUGGCGCUCAACAAUGAAUAUCCCUUUAGCUAAAUUUUAGUGUUACAUGUGUACAUAGGCCAAGUUAACAGGCUGGUACCAUGUUCCCCACUCUUUCGCGUGUCAAUGGCCACUUGGACACAAUCAAUUACCUUGUGAACGCAUCAUUGUGAUCACAAUUUACAGUAGCUACAUCUUUGUAUACAUACGAUAUGGCGUAAAAAGGUCCUCCAUGCAAAAUUGAUAUUUGAUGUGUUUCACACCUAAACCAUAGACAGAAAAGUAACUUAAAACCAAUCACACCUGUAGUGUACAAACUAAUUAGUCAGGUGAGCCUGAGACUUAUUGUCACUAUCCCAGGUUCCCAUAAUUAAUCGACUUUAGGGUAUGAUGAUUUCAUGCUGUUUGUUUUUGGUUGCAUAGUCUCACUUUUCCGUUGGAAUUGAAAUCAACAGCUUGUGAAAUCGUAAGCAACAAACAAAAGGAGCAAGACAACAAUUUGUGGAAUCAUAAAAUAAAACAAGCUUAUAGAAAACAUAAUUUUACAUAAUGACCACCAUGAGAAUGUGUACACAAUAAAGGACUCAGAUGCGAAAAUCAAUGCCAGUUACCUGCAUAAUUAUUGACAAUUGAUACAAUGGAGAAGAACCCAGCGUAUGAGUUCAUCACUGUCAAGGACUCAACUCCUGACAGCAGAACCAAUAUCCUACAACCUGUCAGCAUGGAAAGGUCUAAGCAAGCCACGAGACGGAAGAUUUCUAGUCAGACAUACGUGACUGCAAUCUUUGCAGUAGUGACAGUGCUUGCACUACUAGCUCUUGCUGUAGUGGUGGCCACAGUUAUCGUGAGACCACAGGCUGAGUCUAACGCAGACCAGCUUGAUUCACUAAAACAAGACGUGGAAAAUUUGAAGAAAAAGACAAAUUUCACAUCACAGCUGGAAAGCUUGAAAGAAUUCGCCACCAGACUUCAAGUUAGUAAUAUCCUGAACACCACUGGCUCACAAGAUGGAGCACUAACUUGCAAAGGACUUUCCUCACCAACCAAUGGAGAAGUCAGAAUAGAGGCAGGGCAAAACUCACUGAAUGGUGGACUGGGAUCAGUGGCUAUAUCUACACCUGCUACCCAGGCCAUGCUCUAGUGGGACAGAGGUCCAGGACUUGUGAGGACACUAAUGGAGGGACAGUCACCACGGGAACAUGGAGUGGAGCAAGACCAUCUUGUCAAGCAAUAAUUUGUUUGGAGCCUCCCACACCAGAGAACGGAGAUGUGAUAUUGAGCAGUCAGGUGAUCAGUGUGGACACUACUGCUACCUAUACUUGUGAUUCUGGUUACAUUCUUGUUGGCCAGACAACCAGGGCUUGUGAUGAUGCUAGAGGAGAGAUAAUUGGAACUUGGAGUGGAACUACGCCGAUAUGUGAAGAACUUAUUAGAUGUCAGUUGUUGACUGAACCCACUAACGGAGAAGUCAGUGUUUCCACUGGCACACACGGAGUGAACCUUGGCGUGGGAGCUGUAGCUACUUACUCCUGCAGCAAUGGCUAUGGACUAGUGGGACAAGCUACCAGGACUUGUGUCAGUGAUGGAGGGAGUACAGGAAUAUGGAGUGGAAGUGAACCAACGUGUGCAGAGGUGACAACAUGUCCACCACUAACACCUCCUGUCAAUGGAGUCCUCACAUUCACUCCUGAUGCUGAAAACAGCAACAUUGGACUUGGUUCAGUGGCCAUCUACUCCUGUAACCUCGGCUAUGUGCUGGUGGGUCAAAGUACAAGAAUGUGUCUAACUGCAAUUGGAGGAUCUUGGAGUGGAAAUGUCCCAAUAUGUGAAGAGGCAGUCUACUGUCCAUCAUUAACGGCUCCAGACAACGGUGGUAUGACUAUUAGCUCUGGGGUCAACCCCCUCAGUGUAGGGUCAGUGGCUACCUACUCAUGUGACCUAGGCUAUGCCCUACUGGGAACCCCCACUAGGACUUGUGAGGACCCAGAGAGGGACUCAGUGGGAACAUGGGCUGGAACAAUGCCAGAAUGUCAAGUGAUUGUUUGUCCUGAGGUCAUGGCGGCCCCUGUUAAUGGUACCCUUGUCAUUUCCAUGCCCUCAUCAGCCCAACCCCUUGGUGUGGGCACCACUGCCACCUACUCGUGUGACCCUGGCUAUGUUUUGGUUGGUGAUGUCACUAGGACUUGUGAGGAUUCGAGCACUGGAUCAUGUGCAGUGGGAAGUUGGAGUGGCUCGGAAGUGGACCCUUUGUGUACUAUACCGAACAGCGCUAUCGUGAAUUGUGAGGAUACAACCUGUCGGCACGAACAGCUGGUGUGUCCCAAUCGAGACAACUGUACAAUAAACUGUAAUGACAUGGAAUCGUAUGCUUGUUUCAGGACUGGUGUUAUAUGUCCGAGUGUACUAGGAGAUUGCAAUCUCAAUUGUGAUGACACGUAUGCCUGCAAACAAGCUAACACCACAUGCUCUCAGGGGAACUGUAAUGUGAACUGUUCGAGUGAUUACGCAUGUCAGACAUCGGUCAUGCAGUGCUCGGGUGACAACUGUCUCCUCUCUUGUGAGGGCCAACGAUCGUGCUCGUAUUCAACUGUUGAAUCCCCAGGGAAAAGCUACCUACUCAACUGCAAAGGACAAGAUUCAUGCUCUAAUUUUAACUCUGAAUGCUUGGGUAAAAGUUGUCACAUGAAUUGUUACGGUGACAGUUCAUGCUCACGCUCAACCUUCGGCUGCUCUAAUGGAAACUGCAACCUACACUGCACCGAUUAUUUUGCUUGUUUAUAUGCGACUGUGAGGUGCUCACCGAAUACUUUGUGUGAUGUGAAUUGCCUCAAUGGAAACCAAGCAUGCCAACGGUCCAACCUUGUGUGUGAGCAAGGCAGUAACUGUAUCUUUAACUUCGAUGGCGGGUACUAUGGUGAUUAUAUUGGGAACUUUGCAGAUAUCAUAUGUGAAGAGAACAGUACCUGCAACAUCAGGUGCACUGGACUGAGUAACAGUGCUCAUUCUCAAUGUCGUUAUAUUGAUAUCAUUUGUCCCAGUAUUGGGGACUGUACUGUCGAAUGCAGUGGCUACAGAUCCUGUCAGCGUUCUCGCUUUACAAGUGGACCAAAAAGUAACUGCUUGACCUGCAAUGGGGAAGGGUCAUGUCAAGAAAUGACUAUUGCAUUACAAGGAACCAUGAACUGCACUGGUCGAUAUUCUUGCCGUUAUGCUGCCGUCACAUGCCCCGCUAACAAGAAUUGCACUAUAAUUUGUGAUGGCCAGUAUUCCUGUAACGAGGCUCGAGUGACGUGUCCCACUGGAGACUACAGCUGCAACAUACGCUGCACUGACCCACUGUCCUGUCAAGGCUUGAGUAUCACCAACACACACAAUGUCAACCUGCUCUGUUGUGGUGGACUCACUGCUUGUGCAGGAACGAGUGUGGUACCCACCUCUAUCGAUUGUCCCCAUAGUAUAUAGAUAAAUAACUGACAACCGUUUGGACUAAAUGUAGACAGUAUUAUAGCAAAAGUAGCCGUUUAUUACUAAGAAUGGAACAGAUUCGUAGGACUCUAGCGCUAAACAUUUUGUUUGUGGUAGACUAUAUACAAUGAUUAUUCUUGAUCAUGCAUGCAUGUAAUUAUAGAGCA